AUGAAUUGGCCAAUCCUCGAUGUAAUGCAAUACGAGGCCGACCCGUGGACGGGGUUGAGCAAGCUCACAGCACCCGUCCUGAUUAGAAAAAUACAGGUCAUUGCCCAACUGCUUCGCGCUCUUCCCCUCGCUCUCCCUCCCAUUCCAUCACUCCGCACACACUACUCACGGCUCUCUUCAGCGGCUCGAACAUCACCACGCGCUCUACUCCCCUCUUAUUACGUGCGCAUGCUCGUUAGCGCCAAUCCUUCCCUCCCACCCUCCUGCAGAUCAAUCCAACAGCCUUCUUCACCAGUCAAUGCAGCAUCGAGUCAACUCCACUCGCCACCGAAGUUGCCCGGCCCAGGAGUUCUUUCAGGGAUAUUCCUCUCCUCUCCACUCCCCUCCCCUCCCCUCCAUACACUAACUGUAUUAAAUCAUAUGCAUUUUGGAAUUGUUCAUGCUUCUCGAUAA